AUGUCGGCCACCACCACCGCAACCUACUCUAUAUUUCCCCGCCCAAUCCCUCCCACCACGCGAGCCGCAAGAGGUCCAGCGGUGGCCACUGCAGCUCGAAUCAGCAGGCCCGUGGAGGUGGACAUGUCCAGGGCGAGCACAUCGUUAUCGAACCUCGCGCCAAGUACAAAGUCCAGCUCCUCAACAACAUCCUCAACACCGCCGAGCCGCUCUCCUUCAGAUUCUGCGAGGGUGGUCGCGGCUACACCCCCGGCACCCACUCAAACCCCGAGAUUGACACACACCCAGAGCUCCAGCUCCGUCUCCAGCAUCAGCUUCGGCUCUCUCGCGAUUCCCCCACGCCGCUCCAGCAAGAACAAGGCCAGCAAAGACAGAGUCGCCGCGGUUGCUGACGGAAGACUGCAAAUUCCCCGACGAUAUAACAGUCUGAGCGGAGUUGCUGCAGAGCGCCGGCGUCUACCGCAGCUGGACGAGCGCGRGUGGUUGGCAGGCCCAGGCCGCAAAGAAAAGACCAGGACGAGCAAGAUGGAGUUCCAAUCAUCACCACAGGAUAGCCUUUCCAUGUCCCCGCCACUCGGCGCUGACCUCGUGCGCUCCACUGGUGAGAGCUGGGGCGUUGAGAAGGAGAAGAUCCUCAAGGGCCCGUACGAAUACCUCGAGGCGCAUCCGGGGAAGGACAUUCGCUCGCAGCUCAUUGCUGCAUUCAAUGCAUGGCUAGAUGUCCCCACGUCCUYUUUGGAUGUCAUCACGAGAGUGGUGGCUAUGCUACACACCUCUUCACUUCUGAUAGACGAUGUGGAGGACAACAGCCAGCUUCGUCGAGGCAUUCCCGUGGCCCACAGCAUCUUCGGCACGGCGCAGACGAUCAACAGCGCCAACUACGUCUACUUUUGCGCUCUGCAGGAGCUUUUGACUCUUCACAACCCUGCUGUGAUUCAAAUUUACACGGAAGAGCUACUCAAUCUACACCGCGGACAAGGAAUGGACCUGUUCUGGCGAGACACCCUCACRUGUCCUGCCGAAGACGACUAUCUCGAGAUGGUUGGCAACAAGACAGGCGGCCUUUUCCGCCUUGCGAUCAAGCUCAUGUGUGCAGAGUCGCCCUCUCACAACUCGUCGCCUCCAGAGUCAAGGGCAGACUACGUCCCUCUGGUCAACACCAUCGGUUUACUUUUCCAAAUCCUCGACGACUACCGUAACCUCAGCGAUCUGACCUACACACACAAUAAGGGACUGUGUGAAGAUCUGACCGAAGGCAAAUUCAGCUUUMCCAUCAUCCACGCUAUCCGCGCCGACCCCACCAACUUGGUCCUCAUCAACAUUCUUAAGCAGAAAACCACGGAUGAUGAGGUGAAGAAGUAUGCGGUCGCGUACAUGGAUCGCGCCGGAAGCUUCUCCUACACGCGUAGGAUAUUGAGGGGGCUUACCAAGAAGGCGCUGGCGCAGGUUGAGGAGGUUGAUGCGGGACGAGGCAAGGGCCAAGGCAUGUCGAACUAUCUUGAGCGACUGAGGGUGGAGAAGCACUCACGAGGGACGCAAUCGGAGGGAGGUUCUCGGAUGCCUUGA